UCAAGAAAAAAACUGCUAAAAGCGAAAUUUUAUUUUUCUUUUCAAUUUGUAUAUCUCGAAUCUUGUUUGCCAAAGAAAAAUUCUAAAAAACAAUUUAAAAAUCAAAAACCCACCCCACACGGUACGAGCAUACUCCACUACACAGGAGUAUCUAUUUGAUAACAAGAUCGUGACAAGUCCGAAAAACGAUUCAGAUCACAUCGUUGUCUUUAAGAGUGAAUUUUAAACACACCGCACGUGCCUUUAGUGUAAAAUUGCAUAAAUUAAUGUCGAGCCUUAAUUAAGCCAAAGCAAAUCGUCGACUUGCUUGUGAGCUGUGACAUGGCCAUCACAGUCAUUUAGUCACGGUAUGAUGGACUGUGGCAUUUUAAAGUGGAUUAAUUAGGAAUUGAAAUAAUAAAAAAAAAACAAAUAAAAAAACCAACGAGACUAAUAAUAUCUCAACAAGAAUAAAAGUGUAAAUUUAUCCAAUGCAAACAAAGAGAAUAAAUGAACUUAGAAAAAUUAAAUGAAGCAAUUAAAAAAAAAAUCAAAUGUGUUUCUUGGCAGUGUUCUCAAACAUAGAGAGUGAAUAAAUUUAGCCUCUACCAACAAAAAAAAAAAAAAACAAAAACCGGAAAGACGAAUCGAAUUCAAAGAUGUUGCUGUUCAAGAAACUGUGUAAAAUUCAUCAUAACAAUGGAAGAUAUGGACACAGUGGUAUUAAUGCUUCAACGUCCCUUAAUAAUUCAACGCUUGAAGUAAACUCAAGUGGUGGCAGGAGAACAGAAGGCAUUGGCCGUGGUGGUGGCAUACGGGGGGUGAAUCCUUUAACAUCAGCGCCAGUAACGCCAGCAGCAACAUCAUCAUCGACAUCCACAUCAGUAACACAGCCAUCACGUCAGCCGCGUUUUGCCACAUUGAAUUGCAUCAAUGGUAGUAGUGAUGUCAACAAUGUGGAAGAUGAUGACAAUGGCAAUGAGGAGGCCGCUGUUGAGUAUUGUGAAAAUGCUGAAGACCAAUUUUUUGUAAAUCGAAGACAAAGACAACAGCAAGAGCAAGAGCAAGAACACUUCUUGUGUCGUACACCCCCACCGAAUUACAAUUCCUUGCCGCUGACUCCGCCGCCCAGCUAUACGCCACGUUACAAUCAGCUGGAAUUAUUGCCCUCAUCAGAAUCAACAUCAUCAUCAUCAGCAUCAGCAUCGGCAAAUUCUUCUCGAGAUCUUCUCAAUGCUUUGGGUAAUGGCAAUGCGGAGGGCAACAACGGCUGCCAGCAUUCGCAUUCGCAUCCGUUGCCUGAGAUCCAGCCAUUGCCAGUAGCUCCUCCGCCUUUAAGGCAUUGUCAAGUACCGGAAGUUCUUGGUCCUGGCAUUGAUGUCAAUGCUGCUGCUACUGAUGCAGAAGAUUAUGUCCUCUUAAAUGGUGGACGAAGAAGAUUUUGUGGUUCUGGAAUAGCAGCAAUUGCAACACCAUCCUCAUCGGCACCGGUGCUAAAUGCCCAGGAUAGACAGUUAGAGUUGUUGGCUAAUGGCAGGAAUCCAUCGAGAAAUGUGGCAACAGUGUCGUCGUCGUCACAACGCAAUUCCUCCCACAGCCACCAGCAUCAUCAUCAACACCAACGCCAAAUACAACAGCAACAGCUUCAACAAAGACGCAGAAAACAACGUCGGCGAAAAUUACAUUUAUUGCAACAACAACAACAACAGCAGCAACAACCAUAUCAACCACAAUCCCACCCAUCAUCAAAUUCUCCAAUCGUCAUACUCAAUCAUAACAACAACAACAACAUCGCUGUUGCCGCCGCCACCACCUCUACCACAACUGAUUCCUCGAAUAGCACCUCAUCAAGUCUUAGCGAUUCCAAUGAGAUUUUCAAUGGGGACGGUUCCAUUGUGGCAAGCAAUCGAGAUCAAAGGAGACGUCGCCGUCAGCGUUUAUUAAAAUUGAGAGAUGCCUAUUGUCCCGACUUGUUGAAUGCCUGUUCCUUGAUUCUACUGCAGCAGCAGACAAGCGACUCCACAGUGGGCAGCUUCACCGAUACACCACCCGAAGCGCAACAAAAUGAUUCAUCUUCGGACAGCAUUGAAAUCCCAUAUCAAAGAUAUCCAGAACAACAGCAGCAACGCCCGACGCAUAGAACACCAAAAAUAUCAACUCAUAGACUGAAUGGCGUUGGCCAACUGCAACAGCUAACAACAACAACACCUCGACCAAUAACAGCAAAUAGCCAAGACAACGUAGAAAACCAAAGAUUACCAACUACAAAGCAGCAGCAGGAAAUGGGUCAAAAUUUAAGCAUACGAAGGCCAAGGAUAUCACUUACAUGGGUUUUACGUGAGCAACAGCAGCAGCAAACACCACAGCCAGACGAUUCCAAGAGCAACGCCAAGGACUCCAAUAACAGCAAUUCCAACGAUUCGCACAAAGCCAACACCAACAACAAUCAAGUGAAUGGCAAGCUACUCAACAAUCUCGAGGUAAGUCAUACAAACGCCUUGGGAGAAAAGAAGAAGUAUCGCCUGAAGAAGAGCAGCAACGAGAAUGCGGAACCGCUCAAUGGCUAUGCCACCACACCGACCAGCUACACAAAUGCCUCCACCGCUCUGGGCUCCCAGAAAUUCUUUAGCAAUCAAAAUCUGCUGGAAUAUCACAAGGAUGAGAACGGCACAAAGCCACCUUCCAAAGAUUUGUUGUUCGUCUGUACGCCACAGCGUUUGCCCGAUGGCUUUGGCGGUUCCACGGAGGCCUUGGCCUUGGUCAAGAAACGCAAUGAGAUACGCAAAAAAUUGGCGGCCAAGAUGGCCCAGUUCAGGGCUGAGACACAGGCCUCACAAAUGAAUGGAGCAGCGGGGGGCCUUAAGAAGGAGUCUUCGGCGGCUACGACAAAGGCCUCUCUAAAAUCGGGAUCCUAUUCCGAACCUAGUCUUAUAGCAGCCUCAGAGGGAAAUUCCCGCAGACAUCGUCAUCGCAAGCGUCGGGAAAGAAAUCGACCACCCAAAUUCGGUUAUGACAUAAAAAAUGUGGAUGAAUUUCUCACCAAGUGUUCAUUGGCCUCGCCGGCCAACAUACCCAUGGUCUUGUCUACCUCAUGCAUACUCUACCAAACACGACCGGGAGGCUAUCAAACUGAAAUUUCCCUGCCUCUGGGCAUGGUCAUUAAUGCGGUGUUCAAAAACCAAAACUGGCUAUAUGUGCAGACGCCACAUGCCGAGGAGGGCUAUGUUAAUUACACCACCUGCCUGCCUCUGGGCAUACUGCCCGCCGAGGCCAGAAGGGAGGCAGCAAGUGGCAAAGGUGAACAUGCAGCCUCCACAACAACGUCCGGCAAGUCAAAGGCCUGCUGGGAGACCAUAGGCGAUGUCUUUCCCAAGCCCUGUGGCAAUAUGACCGACUCCGAGAAGGAAAUCCAUCUAAGGGUGGGCACACGCAGCCGCAGUGAGGGUGCUCGAACACCCCAUCUCAAGAGUACUCUGACCGACAAUGACACGGUCACAGUUAUUUCGGUGAACACUGAAAACACCGAUUGCCUCAACGGCAACAGCUCCUCCAUCUAUGGCGAACAGCAGGUGGAUAAACUCUAUCUGAGAGCAGCCUCGCAGCCCAAGCUCUCGGAGAAGACCUCCUAUGCCCAGUUGAAGAUCAUACGCCAGCAUUCGUCGGCCGCUUCGGGCACUUCGACUGCCAGCAAGGCCACUGCCCAGCUCAACGAUGAGUAUGUGACACUGCAACAGCAACAGAAAUCCAUGCAGAAACAACAUAUCCAUCACCUGCCUGCUCAAAAGACCUACAUAACGCGCACCUUCAUCACCAAUGGCCACAAUGGCCAACAUUUGCAUCCCAAAGAUAUGAACAUGACACAGAAUGGCGGUACAGUGACAGCCACUGCUGUGGUCAAUAAUUGCAACAACCUCAAAAAUCCAACUGUGUUGCACAACAACGGGACUACCACCAGUAACAUAAGUAUCUCCUCCCCUUAUGGCCAGCAACAGCAAAACUCCAAACUUCAUUAUCAUCAGCAGCAGCAUCAUCACCAUCACCACCACCAAUCAUCGCCAUCAACGACAACAACCACAACAACAUCUUUGCAUCACAUCAAUGCGGCGGCCAUGAUGGCCACAGCCACCACCGUGGCCCCGCGCUCCAUAUUGAACGCCAUACGCCGCUCCUCGGCCCAUUGCGGUCAGCGACAGACAUUGGUGGCCAUAACCACAGACUAUUCAACGGGUGAUGGGUUGUCAUUGCAAAAAGGUGAUAUCGUAACGCUGUGCGAAUGCCGCGAGACCAAAGAUCAUCGUCAAUGGUUCUAUGUUAGGACACGUGAUGGUCGUCAGGGUUACAUACCAGCCGAAGUGGCUGGCCAUGGUUAUUUGUAAAGCCAAAGGCUUUAGGAUACGAACGAGGUUAUGGCCAUGAGAAAAGGUAGGGAUCCUUUACAGAGACCAGUAGCCUGAAGCGUGACUUUUAUCAAAAGUCAAAGGGCAAAAUUUGAAAAAACAAAGGCAAUUCAUGACAGUUCUGCAAGCCUAGCCAAUACCAAUACCAAUUAUAUACCCCCCCGUACUACUUACUCUCUGUCUAACAUUAGAAUGUCAAUUGCAGUUUGCAACUCCACAUUACCGUGUAAAGAGUUGCAUGCUUUAAUUGAAGCUAAGAAUACUCUUCUCUAAACAAAAACAUAACCAAUUUUUGUAACUUUUGUAUAUAAAUCAAGUGUUAAGGAUUUUAUUUUGUUACAUCAAAAUGUUGCUUAUUUGUAUAUGGAUUGUAGGUAAGGCCUAAAUUAGUCAGCUUGCUCUAUGUAGAACAGAACCCACAUCAUUUUCCUUUAAAAAGGGUAACAAAACCGUGACCCAGUUAUAUCGGCAGCAGCGAAAAAUGCUGCUGCCCGGAGAGUAUAAACCUGAACAGAUCUGAGAUAUACAAAGAGCGUGUUUUUGAGAAUCCCGUUAGGUCCAUGAACAACACAGAAUUUUUUAGUCAAAUUUGUCUUUGAGGACUUCAUCUUGACUUCUUGAGCCUCUAGAAAGCGUAAUUAUUAUGCAAUUUGGCUGAAAUUUUUGAACAACUGCUUUUCCCAUAACCUUCAACAUACGUAUUAAAUAUGGCCCGAAUCGGUCUAUAGCCUGAUACAGCUUCCAUAUAAACCGAUCUCCCUAUUUUACUUCUUGAGCCUCUAGAGGGCGCAAUUCUUAUCCGAUUUGGCUAAAAUUUGGAAUAAAGACUUUCGUUAUGACUUCCAACAUCCAUACCAAGUAUGAUUCGAAUCGGUCGAUAAAUAUAUAUAGCCCCCAUAUAAACCGAACCCCCGAUUUGACUUCUUGAGCCUCUAAAAGCCUCAAUUUUAAUCCGGUUUGGCUGAAAUUUGGAAUAAAGACUUUCGUUAUGACUUCCAACAUCCAUGCCAAGUAUGAUCCGAAUCGGUCGAUAAAUAUAUAUAGCACCCAUAUAAACCGAACCCCCGAUUUGACUUCUUGAGCCUCUAAAAGCCUCAAUUUUCAUCUGAUUCGGCUAAAAUUUGGAACAAAGACUUUCGUUGUGACUUCCAACAUCCAUACCAAGUAUGAUUCGAAUCGGUCGAUAAAUAUAUAUAGCCCCCAUAUAAACCGAUCCCCGGAUUUGGCUUCUUGAGCCCCUAAAAGCCUCAAUUUUCAUCCGAUUUGGCUAAAAUUUGGAACAAGGACUUGAGUAAUGACUUCCAACAUCCAUGCCAAGUAUGAUCCGAAUCGGUCGAUAAAUAUAUAUAGCCCCCAUAUAAACCGAUCCCCAGAUUUGACUUCUUGAGCCCCUAAAAGCCUCAAUUUUCAUCCGAUUUGGCUAAAAUUUGGAACAAGGACUUGAGUAAUGGCUUCCAACAUCCAUGCCAAGUAUGAUCCGAAUCGGUCGAUAAAUAUAUAUAGCCCCCAUAUAAACCGAUCCCCGGAUUUGACUUCUUGAGCCCCUAAAAGCCUCAAUUUUCAUCUGAUUCGGCUAAAAUUUGGAACAAAGACUUUCGUUAUGACUUUCAACAGCCAUGACAAGUAUGAUCCGAAUCAGUCGAUAAAUAUAUAAAGCCCCAUUUAAACCGAUCCCCGAUUUGACUUCUUGAGCCCCUAAAAGCCUCAAUUUUCAUCUGAUUUGGCUAAAAUUUGGAACAAAGACUUUCGUUAUGACUUCCAACAUCACUGCCAAGUAUGAUCCGAAUCGGUCGAUAAAUAUAUAUACCCCCCAUGUAAACCGAUCCCCCGAUUUGACUUCUUGAGCCCCUAAAAGCCUCAAUUUGCAUCCGAUUUGGCUAAAAUUUGGAACAAAGACUUUCGUUAUGACUUCCAACAUCCAUGCCAAGUAUGAUCCGAAUCGGUCGAUAAAUAUAUAUAGCCCCCAUAUAAACCGAUCCCCCGAUUUGACUUCUUGAGCCCCUAAAAGCCUCAAUUUUCAUCUUAUUUGGCUAAAAUUUGGAACAAGGACUUGAGUAAUGACUUCCAACAUCACUGCCAAGUAUGAUUCGAAUCGGUCUACAAACAGAUAUAGCCUCCAUAUAAACCGAUCCCCGCAUUUGACUUCUUGAGCCCCUAAAAGCCUCAAUUUUCAUCCGAUUUGGCUAAAAUUUGGAACAAAGACUUUCGUUAUGACUUCCAACAGCCAUGUCAAGUAUGAUACUAAUCGGUCUAUAUACAGAUAUAGCCCCCAUAUAAACCGAUCACCGGAUUUGACUUCUUGAGCCAUUAGAAGCCUGUAUUUUCAUCCGAUUUGUCUAAAAUUUUGAACAAAGACUUGAGUUAUUACUUUUAACAUCCCUGCCAGGUAUGAUCCGAAUCGGUUUAUAAACAGAUACAGCCCCCAUAGAAACCGAUCCCCGGACAUGACUUCUUCAGCCCUUAGAAACCUAAGUUUUCACCUGAUUCGGCUCAAAUUUAGCCCAAAACCCUAUCUUAUGACUUAAAACAUCAGCGCCAGGUUUUAUCCAAAUCGGUCAAUAUGGUGAUAUAGGCCCUCCUUCGUACCAAUGUACCGAUAUGACUUCUUGAGAUCAAUUACAAACUGAGUUAAUAAGGGUACAUUUUUAGCGCAUUCCAUGGUGGUGGGUACCCAAGAUUCGGCCCGGCCGAACUUAGCACGCUCUUAUUUGUUAUUCUUUAGUUUUGUAGAGGCCUAAAUUGACUAACUGGACCAUACUCUCGAAUCUAAGUUUUUCUCUUUGACUUUUGCGUUAGUUAAUUAUAUCCACCACCAUAGGAUGGCAGUAUCCUAAUCUUGUCAUUCCGUUUGUAAUACCUCGAAAUAUUUAUUCGAACGAGCCAUGUCCGUCCAUCCGUCUGUCGAAAUCACGAUAGCGGUCGAACGCGUAGAGCUAGCCGCUUGAAAAUUUUCACAAAUACUUUAUAUUGAUGUAGGUCGUUGAGGAUUGCAAAUGGGCCAUAUCGUUUCAGAUUUGAAUAUAGCUCCCAUAUAAAUCGAUCUCCCGAUUUGACUUCUUGAGCCCAAGGAAGCCACAAUUUUUGUCCGAUUUGGAAAUUUUGCUCGUAGUGUUAUGUUAUGACUUCUAACAACUGUGCCAAGUACGGUCUAGAUCGGUCUAUAACCUGAUAUGGCUGCCAUAUACGCGGAUCUGCUGAUUUGACUUCUUGAGCCGUUACAAGCCGGAAUUAUUGCAUGAAGUAUUCUGUUGAAUGACUUCCAACAACUGUACCAAGUACGGUCGAAAUCGGUCUAUAACCUGAUAUAGCUCCCAUAUAAACCGAUUUCCCAAUUUGUCUUCUUGAGCCCAUGGAAGCCACAUUUUUUGUCCGAUUUGGCUAAAAUUGCACAUAGUGUUCUCUUAUGAUUUCCAACAACUGUGCUAAGUACGGUCUAAAUCGCUCCAGAACCUGAUAUAGCUCCCAUAUAAACCGAUCUCUCGAUUUGACUUCUUGAGCCCAUGAAAGCAUCAAUUUUCAUUCGAUUUGGCUGAAAUUUUGCACAUUGCCCAAUAUUCUGUUAUGACUCCCAACAAUGGAGCCAAGUAAGGUCCAAUUUGGUCUAUAACUUAAUAUAUUUUGGCAGAAUCCAUAGUGGUGGAUUCCCAACAUAAAAAUAAAUCCAUGUUUGUCGCCAUCUUGUAGUCUACACAACUAUUUUUCAGUGGAGACAUAGAUGUCUUGGUUGCAAAUGAAACUUUCGGUAGAGGUGCAUACUCAGCUCAAUACUGGCGACAUUUGUGAGGUUCUAUCAAGAUAUAUUCAUUUACAGGUAGCGGCAGUUGCCCAACUACAAAAUGUUGAGUGCGCUAUCGGUCAAAAUCAGUGAUGAGUAUGUCACUAGUUCGCGCCAUUUUUUUUUUGUUUGUGUUAUGGUUCUUAACUACAGUGCACACACACAACCAAAAAUCUUCGACAGAUAGUGCACUUUGCGAGAAAGAAUACACUACCUGUGUCAAUAUAUCUUGGGUUCUAUGCCAUGUUUACAUGGCAUAGCAGCCGUGUAAAACCAAUAUCAUGUUUACACGGCGUUGUUUACACGGCUACUAUGCCACGCUUACAUGGCAUGUUAUUCAUAGAAUUUACAUACUUCUUUUGUCAUCCAGGACAAAAAAUAUUACAGUCAAGGCUAAUUUGUUAAAAUAAUGAAAAUUAAGCAUUUUUCAGCCUACAUAGUAACACUCCUAUUGUAUUUCGGAGCAUGAGAAGUGCGUUCAUAUAUUCAGUCUGCUUCAUACCCCUUUUGCAAAAAUACGUAAUUUCAAAAAUGUCUAAAAAAUUGAGAAUGAAAUAUUAUAAUUUAAUAUAUUUAUCAAAUCCAUUUUAAACUCUUGGAAAAUGAUAUGGGUACCUACGUAACAGUUAGCUACGGCGAACAAUUUGAAAUUUUAUAAAAAUUUCAUAAUUGCCCAUACUGACAGUAGAAAUAGAAAAAACCAUGCAAUUGAAUUAAUAGAAAUUAGAAAACGUUUUCAAUAUUCUUCACUCGAAACUCGAAUUUAUGAAUUAAAUUUAUUCACAAAAACUACAAAUGUAAGAUUUUAUUAAAAAUUCAUUCAAAUAGUUUACACACACACACCCAGACUUAAACAUACCAAUCAAUCAGUUUUCUAUUUGUAAUUUUGUAGUUUUAAGAAAACAAAGAAAAAAUAACAUAAAAUAUUGUAUAUUCUUCAGUUCAUGUUUUGCAUAGCAAUCGAUCGAGUCGCUUAGUAUUGUAGUUACCCAAUUUAUAAUUAAAUUUAAAAGAAACCCAUGUAAUAACGCUUAGAGUUUAGGAUUGAUAACACACAAUUUUUGUAUUUAUGUUGAUAUAUAAAAAAAACUGAAAACAUUAAGCGAAAAAACUAAAAAAUUAAUUGUUACCUCAGAUUCAAAUAAAAUGGGGAAAAAAACACACAAAAAACAAACACACUCGAACCACACGAAAUAAAUAAGUCAUAAUUAAACAUAAAAACAACGUUUAAAUAAAGAAAUUCAAUAUAAAAAAUAAUA